AUGAGUGCGUACGGACUAUCGGGAGGCGGCGAGUCGGAUGUGAUAUCACGUCGACUAAGGGAGGCCGAGCGAGCGCGCGCCGACGCAGAGAGGGCGCACGCAGAUGCAUUAGCGCAACUUCGCACUGCUCAGCGCUCGCCGCUCGACUCACACAAUGUCGAACAGCUACAAUCGAAAGUUAGAGAACUUGAGAAAAAGGCUGCUCUAGAAACAGUCCGAUGUGAGGAACUUCAGUUAGAAUUGUCAUCAGCAAUGCGUGCGAGAGGGACAAGUACCACUGCCACAUGGUCCAUGGCCACUCAACCUGCCACAGAAAUUGAACGGAUUAUGGCUAAAAUUGAACAGGACAAUAGAAUUCUCGCCGAAUUAGAGCACACCAGGUCCACAACUCAUGGCAUACAGCAGAGCGGGUCCAACCAAGGGUUAGGAGAGUAUCAUUCACCAACACCGUCACCUCUACCUCACUCGUACACGAGUACAACGGGCCAUAAUAUAACUUUGUGUCAGAGCAACACAAUGCCGACUCUGUCUUCCCUUCAUGCACAGUACACAGCCUCUAACCCUAACACCGCUGCGUAUUCCAUGAGUGCGCACAAUCCUACCUCCUACGCGAACGCAGUUUCAGCUCCUUACGGCCUCUCAAACACACACCAAGUAACAUUCACAAACCCUGUUACUGCCCCACUUGUUAACAACAUCAACCAGAUAUCCAGUACCUUAGCGGGCUUACAAUCCAAUCUUCAUAAUCUUACCGGAAACGUGUCAGCUAUGACUCUUGGAAACGCAUUAACUGGAACAGCAAUAACAGGCACGAUGGCGGGAAGCGGUCUUAGUAGUUGUUUGAAUAAUGUACCAACAAGUUUAUCAAGUGGACUAACGAGUACUUUAGCAGGAAUACAAUCAAGUUUGACAGGAGCACUCGGAAACACUCUAAGUAAUCUUACAGGCGGAACACAAAUUGGAGCUUUAAAUACGAAUCUAACAAGCACAAGUGUUUAUGGAACUGGUAGUGGAACUUAUACAAAUCCACUUCUAACUAGUGGCUUAGGUACAAAUCCGAUGAAUAUUAAAUUAAAGCCCAUGGAUGAGAUAGAUUUGGGCUUAGGUCGAUAUGGAACCAAUAAUCCAGCUAUGAUUCGGGCAGUGACUCCAGUGACUCCUCAUCAACCAAGCUGGAGCUUAGGAUUAGAUAGCCAAUUUCCAGAUAGACUUGCUGGUUUAGAAUCUUCUUUAUAUCAUGACCGUGGUCAGAGAAACAUGAGGCUUUUGCAAAAUAAUUUGUUAGAUAUGGAUGUGCGAAACACACAUUACAUGAACGGAGGGGGACCAACCGAGGCCCAAGUUGAUAUGCUGGAUAUUCCAGGCAAAGGUCGUUGUUGUGUUUAUAUAGCUCGGUUUUCUUAUGAUCCACCGGAAAUUGAAAGUGCUGAAGGUGAGCUAUCAAUAUGCGCUGGUGAUUACCUCCUGGUUUGGGGUCCACCAGAUCCAAAUGCAACGAUGCUUGAUGCCGAAUUGUUAGAUGGUCGCCGUGGUCUAGUACCUGCUAAUUUUGUUCAAAGGCUGGUAGGCGACGAUCUUUUAGAGUUCCACCAGGCCGUAGUAGCUACAUUACGUGAUGCCGAUGAAACAGCUACGACAGCAAUAAGUGAUAUGUCACUAAGCCGUGAUGUGGCUCGUCUCAGUGAAGUCGCUGAUGUAACAGAUGGAUCAGAAGAUGAUGAUAAUGCCAAGCUGUUUUUCUCGUCGCUAGUUCCGGCUCCGCGUCAGCUCACUUUGGAGCGGCAGUUGAACAAAUCUGUGCUGAUUGGCUGGACGGCACCCGAGGGAGUGCAACAAGCAAAUAUCGAGAGCUACCAUGUCUAUGUGGAUGGGGUAUUGAAGACAACUGUGAAGGCGACUGAGCGAACCCGUGCUUUGGUAGAGGGCGUAGAUUCUAAUCGACCGCAUCGGAUCAGUGUUCGAUCUGUCACGGCCACACGCCGUACAUCUCGUGAUGCCGCUUGUACUAUGGUAAUUGGUCGAGAUACUGCAAACAUGGGACCUACCUGCGUUAGAGCUAGUGGGGUAACGUGCUCUCAGGCCGUCAUAUCCUGGUUGCCAGCAAAUUCUAAUCAUCAACAUGUCGUCUGUGUAAACAACGUCGAAGUUCGGACUGUAAAACCUGGUGUCUAUCGUCACACUAUAACUGGUUUAUCACCAAGUACGCAGUAUCGAGUGACAGUCAGAGCCAAACAUUUAAGAGCCGGUCCUCCAUCUGGAAUACCUAUCGAAGAAGCUCCAGGAGCUUACACAGACUUCAGGACUCUUCCGAAAGGACUUCCAGAUCCUCCAAAUGAAAUCAUGGUGGAAGCUGGGCCGCAAGAUGGUACACUGCUUGUGACGUGGCAGCCAGUGCUUCGACCUCCCGCUUCAGGGCCUGUAACUGGAUAUGCUGUUUAUGCAGACGGGAAGAAGGUGACCGACGUAGACUCUCCGACUGGUGAUCACGCUCUCAUCGAUAUCGGCAAACUCCUCGGCCUCAAUCCUAAAUGCGUCACCGUAAGGACUAAGUCGCGCGACAGCCAAUCGAGCGACAGUGCUCCAACUCCGAUUCCGCCAGCUGUGUUGCGAGGUGUCGUAUCUAGGGUACAGAGAGGGCCUCCAGGUCAAGUUCUUAACCAGCCAGUUCCACCUGGUUAUAGAGCGCAACGCCCGCAAGCUUAUCAACAGCAACAACAAGUUAUAGAACAUGAUGAAAAUCUUUCCGAUAAAGAAAUAUUUCCAACGGCAAAUCGUCAUGAUCCUCAACAGCAACAGGCUCAGCCCACGAGCGGAUUCGGCACAGGGCUUCUAAAGAGUAUAUUCGACAAAAUAACCCCUUCGCAUUCGGGGAUACCUGCCAUCGAAAUCACUAAAGAGGGAGCCACGGAGCAGAUAAGCGAGGAGGACGACACUUCGCGGCGGUGUCAUCAGCAGCAGCCGUCCCAACCUGCACAAGCGUCGCAGCAGCCUUCGGGUCAGCCGUACCCGAAUACACCAGCCUUCCAUGGCACGCAGCAACCCCCCUUUCAACAGGGCGCCCAGUUCCCAAGUAAUCAACCUAAUCAACCACAAUAUCCCGGACAACAACAGCAGUAUCAAAAUCCGCCUCCAAGAAAUCAUCAUGAAAGGGGACGUCCUCCUAACCCUCACCAGAUACAGCAGCAAGCCCAACAAGGUCAAAUGCCGCAAUACGGUCCGAGAGGUGGUCCUCCUCCAGGACCACGAGGACCUCCUCCGGCUGGAGGGCGGCCCCCUCCACAAGGUCACCCUCAGUCAAAGAGGGGUCGUUAUUUCAUCGCACUAUUCGACUAUGACCCAGUAACUAUGAGUCCCAACCCUGAGAGCUGCGAUGAAGAAUUGCCGUUUAGCGAAGGAGAUACGAUUAAGGUGUGGGGUGACAAAGAUGCCGAUGGGUUCUACUGGGGUGAAUGUCGAGGUCGGCGUGGCUAUGUGCCCCACAAUAUGGUCGUUGAAGUUUCUGAACAGGAGGCAACUGGGCAGGUCUCCGCAAAACCUAGAGAUCGCUGGACAGACGCGUAUGCCAACCAGCCCGUACGUCGGAUGAUAGCGUUAUAUGACUACGAUCCGCAAGAACUUAGCCCUAAUGUUGAUGCCGAUGCUGAGCUCAGCUUUCAAACUGGUCAGAUUAUACACGUAUACGGCGAUAUGGAUGAUGAUGGGUUUUACAUGGCUGAAAUCGAGGGUGUUCGAGGUCUUGUACCAAGUAAUUUCCUAACAGAUGCCAACGAUCAGUAUGCACCUGCGGGACCAAGUGGUCAAGGGCCACCUGGGGGUCGAAUGGGGCCAAGCACAAGCGCGCCAGGCGGAGGCCCAGGUCGAGGAAGGGGAGUCCCUCCAGGACCAGGAGCUCGGGGUCCACCACCGCCUCCUAGAGAUAAUGUAGCCCCAGCACAAAGAAACCACCUCCGAAAAACAGAUGCCUGCCCUCUUCCCCCUUCUCAGUUAGACCACAACACAAGCGCCAGUAAUCCAGAACAGGCGAGUUCUCAGGCGAGGGGGAAAGGCGUGGGGAGCGUGCCGGCGAGCACGACCGCUCGCACGAGCGCUGGUAACGUGAGCUCACCGCCGGUUCAGUCUCCGGGCUCAGCCGCCACGCUGGCCAUGCCCCCCGUGGGAACUACCACUGCCGUCAGCACGUCGCCAGCGCGCCGCGGCGGGCCCACCGUCGUCCCGGCGCCUACAGCUCAACCCCUUCAGCAGCAGCAACAACAGCAACAGCAACAACAACAGCAGCAACAACAGCAACAACAACAACAGCCACCCACCUCACAGCCCAACCUCAUGCAAAAAUUCACUGAAAUGACAGCCCCAGGCGGUGACAUACUCAGCAAGGGAAAAGAACUCAUCUUCAUGAAAUUCGGCCUCGGCGGCAAAUAA